AUGGUGGUAGCCGAGAAUCUACCAACGAGAUACCUCGCGCCCGAGUGCCUCGUUCGUUUUGCGUUUAACGCCCAAACGGACAUCUUCGCCUUCGGGGUUUUCUUUUUGCUCUUAGUGAGGGAUUUUCUGGAAACCGGUCAGAAUAGUCCUCGAUGUCCCAAAUGGGAAACCCGAAAGUCAACUGCGAAACUUUCUUUUUAUUUGUGAUACCCUGACUCGAAAUCAAAAACUAGACAGUUUUGCAACUUGAACUUUCCGAGACCUCCACUUGGUACGACUAGCAAUAUUCUGGGCAGUUUUCUGAAAGCUUCCAGUCGAAAACUGAAAUGAUCUCCAUUGAGAGAUUCUGUGGCUAAAUUGAAAUCCUUUUACAGCAUUUGGUCUGCGAAAUCCACAAUAAAUGCGAAAUUCCGUAUGCGGGAAUGUCGGGCCUUGAAGCCCGCAAAGAGGUUAGUUUUUUUAUUUUUCACAAAAUAAAGUCCUUUUUUUGCAGAUUGCCGCCGGAAAAGUGCUGACCGUCCACAGCAGAGCUCCUGAGGCCCUGCGCCUCUACGUCGCGGACCGUCUCUUCGCUUUCCAUCCAAUAUACAGGCCGGCGAUGCAUGAAGUAUACCCUUUCUUUCAGAGCGCAUUUUUCGACGCAAAAAGUCCUGUUUUAUCGAACAAUUUUAUAGGUUGUGGGUUUUUUGAAAAAAUUGUUGGACUGGCUCAGAAAGGUUAGAAAAUCAAGGCUUAUUUUCGAAAAUGAUUGUUUUUACAGAGACAUCCCAAUGAGCGCGAAGUGGAGAGGACGGUGGAUACAAGUGCGAGAUCAGUGCAGCCAAGCUACCCCAAAAAGGUGAAAUUUGGGUUCAAUCUUUAUCAUUGUUCAUCUUGUCCAUUGAAGACCAAAAGGGAGGCGAACAUCCUCUUUUUAAUAGAGGAAAACUUGUUAUUUGUUAGGUUACUAGUUAAUAUGAAAAUAGGGUAGGAAAAAUGAAAAUUUGAUGAAAAGAAACCGAAAAAAUCAUCUUUUUUGAGCCAACAUCUUUUACAGGAUCUCUUUGAGCGCAUGGAGCCCAGUUCGGCUGCGCAGUCGCCACCAGUGGACGUCGCUGAAUGA